AUGGACCAAAGCAUCGCCCACGGACUGCUGGCCGGCGGCGUCAGUCUCAGGCUGCUUCCAGCGGUCCUCCCGCCCGACCUAUCGGGUGCUCAAGCGGCGCUGCCAAUUUCAUUUUGCAUGGCCACUCCGGCUGCCCUGUUGCUGGUCGGGUAUGCGGUGCUCGACAAAGUCUACCUGUGCCCGAGGUCGCAUAUGCUCAACUGGCGCGUUCGCCUCAUGCAAGAUGAGGAGGACAUCGUGGUCUGCAUCCGCGAGGCGGUGCUAUUCAUCCACUCUCGGGGGCUUGGGACUUCGGCCAAGGCGCCAGUCAGCAUCACCCGCCGCAUGACAAUGCGGCAGAUGCGCGUUGGGAAGUGCCUCCCGCCUUACCCGAUGGCGCUUUGUAUCUGCGUCUCGGGGCGGGGCGUUCUGUGGGCGCACCGUCAUUUCACAUCGGCCCUCGGCAUCCCGAGAAUAUCGGCGUUGCGACCGACGCCUUGCCCCGACAUCAUCACCGCAGAACCUCCCCGACAUGGUGGCGCACGUAGUAGUGUCAGUGUGCACAAGCAGGAGGACACCGCAUGCGGUGUUGGCAUGACUUUCACCUAG